AUUUUGGUGGACCGGCAGAUAUGGAAGAAAGGACGAUGUAUUUCUUCAUAUGCGAGUUGCUUGAGUUACACGUUCCUUUUUCGACAUUGUCAAAUUUCAGUGUCUUCAUGGGUUCAGCUUAGAAAAGCCAGUGAAGGAGAGAAAAAAUCGCUAUAAAAAAAAAAGACAGAUUCUAUAUAAAUCAGAAAAGCUGGCUUUCUCAAAACUCUUUCAUGUGGCUGAGGAAAGAGGAGGAGGAGAAGAAAGGCAAAGGCUCUUAGCUGCAGAGACACAAGAGCCUUUUGUCGUAAGAACCAUGAACGCCACCGAAGCUAUGAAUCGCAAAGUUAAUGGCAGAGGAGACAAUGAUGUUGAUAUUGAAAUCCCUGACACUGCUCACCAAAUUAGCAGCGAUUCAUGGUUUCAGGUGGCGUUUGUUCUAACGACGGGUAUAAACAGCGCAUAUGUGUUGGGAUAUUCAGGAACAGUAAUGGUUCCUUUAGGUUGGAUUGGUGGUGUGGUUGGUCUUCUUCUCGCUACUGCAAUCUCUCUCUAUGCAAACACUCUUGUAGCCAAGCUUCAUGAGUUUGGUGGCAGGAGACACAUUCGUUAUAGAGACCUUGCUGGCUUCAUCUACGGUAUAAAAAAACACCAAACAACCUCUCUUAUGUUUGUUCUGUUUCUCUCCUCUGUUGUCACACUCGUUGAAUUGUCUUUAUCAGGUAGAAAGGCUUAUCACCUUACAUGGGGAUUGCAGUAUGUUAAUCUUUUCAUGAUUAACUGUGGAUAUAUCAUACUAGCUGGUUCUGCCUUGAAGGCUGUUUAUGUGCUUUUCAGGGAUGAUCAUACCAUCAAACUACCUCAUUGUAUAGCCAUUGCUGGUCUGAUAUGUGCGGUUUUCGCCAUUGGAAUCCCUCAUUUAUCUGCUCUAGGGGUCUGGCUUGCAGUUUCCACCAUCCUCAGCCUCAUCUACAUCGUUGUAGCGAUUGUCCUAUCAGUUAGAGACGGAGUCACAGCACCUGCAAGAGAUUAUGAGAUACAAGGAUCAUCAUUAAACAAAAUUUUUACCAUCACAGGAGCAGCAGCAAACCUGGUUUUUGCAUUCAACACAGGGAUGCUUCCAGAGAUUCAGGCAACAGUGAGACAACCAGUUGUGAAAAACAUGAUGAAGGCUCUAUACUUUCAGUUCACAGCUGGUGUCUUACCAAUGUACGCAGUUACAUUCAUCGGAUACUGGGCUUAUGGAUCCUCAACCUCCACCUAUCUGCUCAACAGUGUUAACGGCCCACUCUGGGUCAAAGCCCUUGCUAACAUCUCAGCUAUACUUCAAUCUGUUAUCUCUUUACAUAUAUUUGCUAGUCCAACAUAUGAGUACAUGGACACAAGGUUUGGGAUAAAAGGAAACCCAUUAGCUAUAAAGAAUUUAUUGUUCAGGAUCAUGGCUAGAGGAGGGUACAUUGCGGUUAGCACGCUUAUCUCAGCACUCUUGCCGUUCCUUGGGGACUUCAUGAGUCUCACUGGUGCAGUGAGCACAUUCCCUCUUACAUUCAUUCUGGCUAACCACAUGUACUAUAAGGCUAUGAACAAUAAGCUUAGUCCUGUGCAAAAGCUAUGGCAUUGGCUUAAUGUUGUCUUUUUCAGUUUGAUGUCUGCUGCUGCUGCUAUUGCAGCUGUUAGACUCAUUGCCCUUGACUCUAAGAACUUCCAUGUUUUUGCAGAUCUGUAA